AUGGUAAGAAUUACGUCAGAACUCGUCCGAAAGCGUGCCGAACACAACGAUGGGGAGCUCGAUACCCUCGAGGAGCUCUCUCUUCACCAGCAAGAUAUUGAGAAAAUCGAACAUCUUCAUCGCUGGUGUCCGCGCCUGCGCAUUCUCUACCUCCAAGGCAACCUUAUUAGCAAGAUUGAGAACGUGGGACGCCUGCGAGAGCUGGAGUACCUCAACCUGGCCCUCAACAAUGUGGAGAGGGUCGAGGGCCUGCAGCGGUGCGAGGCCCUUAGGAAGCUGGACCUCACGGCCAACUUCAUCUGCGACCUCACCUCCGUCAGCAGCCUACAGGACCUGCCCAACCUCACGGAAUUGUACUUAACAGGUAACCCGUGCACCGCGUACCGUGGGUACCGGGACUGGGUACUGUGUAACUUGCCUGGACUGGAGGAGUUAGAUGGGACCUCCAUCAACAGAUCAGAGCGACUUAGGGCUCUCCAAGGCCUGACCCUGGCUCAGUCAACCGUCAAGGUCGACCAGCAACAGGCUCUUGAGGCAAGAACAAGGGAGAGAGAAGAAUACAAACGAAGCCUCAUGGAGAAGGACCAGGAGGACUUUAAGAACGAUGAAGAAUGGUGGAAAGAAGCCAGCUAUCAUACGCCAGAAUCCCGCCUCGCCACCCACAGACGCCUCGCCCUUCGGCGCCAACGGGAAACCAACGCCACUAACGAUAACUCCACUAAGAAGAGAGAGGUGAGGCUUUUUACUAGUGACGGCCGACCUCUUAACGUCAAUGCGGCUAAACUCGAGUUCCACUUCACCGAGGACGAGCAGAGCAACUCCUUCAUCCUCAAGGUCGACACCUACAAGUACCUGGAUGCUUCCCUGGUGGCGUGCGAUGUGGAGCCUUGGUACGUACGGGUGACGGUACGGGGCAAGGUGCUCCAACUGGUACUCCUGGAGGAGGUCAGGUCGGACCGAGCCACGGCCCACAGGUCACAGGUCACUGGCCAGCUCCUCGUCACUAUGCCCAAGGUCAGUAGAUACCCUCUGGGGUCAGAUUCACAAACAUUUAUACUUACGACACCUCUUAUUUUCAUCAUGGCGGCUUUGUUUAUGGUUUUCUUGUGA